AUGGACGGAUUUUACCCCUCGGCAGGAGGAGCGGGGCAGGACCUGCUCAGUGCCACCAGCUGGGCAGAACAAAGCCACUCCCCGCUGUCCCUGCGGGUGGUGACAGCCGCCUGCCUGUCCCUCCUCAUCCUCUGCACGCUGCUGGGGAACGCCCUGGUGUGCCUGGCCGUGCUCCGGUUCCCACACCUCCGCUCCAAGGUCACCAACCUCUUCGUGGCCUCCUUGGCAGUGUCCGACCUGCUGGUGGCCGUCCUGGUGAUGCCCUGGAGAGCUGCCAGCGACGUGCUGGGCUUCUGGCCCUUCGGGGCUUUCUGUGACCUCUGGGUGGCCUUUGACAUCACCUGCUGCACGGCCUCCAUCCUCCACCUGUGCCUCAUCAGCGUCGAGCGCUACUGGGCCAUGGCCGAGCCCUUCCGCUACCAGAGGAGGGUGACGCAGCGCCUGGCCUUGGUCACCAUGGCGGUGGCUUGGCUGCUGUCCCUCCUCAUCUCCUUCAUCCCCGUGCAGCUGCAGUGGCACAAGGACCGGGCGCUGCCCAGCCCAGAGCAGCCGGGGUUUAACGGCUCUGCGGAGGAGGGGGGCUGCGAGCCCAGCCUCAGCAGCACCUACGCCAUCUCCUCGUCCCUCAUCAGCUUCUACAUCCCCGUGGCCAUCAUGCUGGGCACCUACGGGCGCCUCUUCCGCCUCGCCCGGCGCCAGCUCCGCGGGAUCUCCUCCCUGGAGACACCGGGCAGCGGCGACCGCCCUCGGGGAGCCUCCCUGAAAAACUCCCUCAAGAAGGAGACCAAGGUGCUGCAGACCCUCUCCAUCAUCGUGGGCGUCUUCGUGUGCUGCUGGCUGCCCUUCUUCGUGCUCAACUGCCUGGUGCCCUUCUGCAGCCCCGAGCCCCGCGCCCCAGGAGUGCCACCGUGCCUCAGCAGGGCCGUGCUGGGCACCUUCACCUGGCUGGGCUGGGCCAACUCUGCCCUCAACCCCAUCAUCUACGCCUUCAACGCCGAGUUCCGUGCGGCUUUCGCCUCCCUGCUGGGCUGGGGCUGCCCCUGCGGCCGCAGCGCCGUGCAGACGGUGACCUUCAGCAACGAGCUGGUGUCCUUCCACCGCGACACCUCCGAGCACAGAGCUCCUCGGAGCCUCAGCCCGGCCCAGCUGCUGCCCCACGCCGUGCUGCAGGUGGAAAACCCCGAGGUGGCCUUGGAGAGGGUCUCUCCUCCCCCUCAGAACGCCCCUCCUGGGUGUGGGACCCCGGUCUGGCUGGGGAGGAUUCCCCCUCUGGCCAGUGACUAG